AUGGCCUUCCGAUUCAACUGGCCUGAAUUUGAACACGAGUUUUACGAUGAGGCCAAAAGCCAACUUGAAAUGGCUUUGAAUAAGAGCAACAAGCCCUCUGUUAUUGUAGACCAUAUAACAGUAAAAGAAUUGCACAUGGGUACAAAGCCACCCGAUUUAGAGAUUUUAGAGAUUGGAGAACUUGGCAAUGACAAGUUUCGAGGUAUAUUCAAACUCACAUAUGCUGGUGACGCCCAUAUCGAAAUUCAAACCAAAGUUCAGGCAAAUCCUUUGCAUGCAAAACAAAAGUCAAAUGCUUCUUUAUUACCUCGACACGGUCGACCUUCUAUUUUAGCAGCAGAUCAACCGUUAGUGGUGCCCAUGACCCUGCGUAUUAGCGAUCUCAAACUUCGUGGCAUUGUUGUCUUAGUUGUUUCUAAAACCAAAGGUGUGACGUUGGUCUUUAAAAACGAUCCACUCGAAAGCAUCCGUGUCAGUUCUACUUUUGACAGUAUUCCUAUUCUACGUGAAUUUCUACAGCGUCAGAUUGAAGUUCAAUUAAGAAACACUUUCCAAGAGGAUUUACCGUUAAUGAUACACAAUUUGAGUAUCCGAUACAUUCAGUCAGAGGAAGAAAAGAAGAGAAAACUAAAGCAAGAAGAGAAGUUAAGAGAGAAUCAACAAAAAUUAGCAGCAUCACGGCAAGAGCAAGAUCGACUGUCGAUCUCUUCCUCAAGCACACCAUUUCACCACCUCCAACAGCGUCCAUCUACAGUAUCAGCUUAUAGUAGUAAUUCUUAUACGUCAAAUGCAUCUUCUGUGCUAACUCCGAGUUUAAGAACAGCAUCAAUACAACGUACAACACCUUCAAGAGCCAACAGCCAGAAUGUCACUUGUAGCAGCUUGCCAGAACUAGAUUCCAGCUACUCGUCUGCACUGUCGCCACAGUCUCAGCCCACAUCCGUCUACACUCCUGUUAUGGGAUCCUUCGACUUGUACAAUUAUAAGGAACCUAGUGACGAACUGAAUCAUGGCUUCAAUAUGGACUACCUGUCUGCUAUGUCACCACCAGCACCCAUUCCAACUAUUUAUUAUGGCUCUUCUUUUGAGGAUAGUGCCAGUUAUGAUCAGUCCAUCGAAUUUAGCGAUGAACAUCUUUACAAAAUGAUACCUUCUUCCAUACCAAUGACAGCUGCUAAUUUAUUCACACACAACCGCCAACAACAAUUUCAACAACAACAACAACAACAAUACUUUGCUGCAGGACAACUUGGUAUUCAUUCUCAUCCUAUGAUGAUCUCCAUGUUUUCAGCAUCGAAUGAGAUCGAAACUACAUCACCUAAAGAUCUUUUUGCAGAUGAAGAUCCGGAUGCUCCAUGGUACGCUAUUGAAGGGCCCGAACUUAGUUGUUACAACAAAAAGACAUCCUCUCUGUUAAAAAAUCUUAUUCUUGAGCCUGUUAUUCUGGAUCCUUCAGACGAAGCCCACAGUACAAUGACAAACCAGCUGACAGAAUUAACAAAGAUAAACUACACUUUAUCACCGUUAACAGAAACUAUUUCUCACUGUACAUUCCGCAGUUUACCGUACGCUAGAAAUAAUACCACGAUGAGUGAAAGACAACAUCAUUCCACACUAAGUCCUAAAAGAAAGAUACCAAAAAGACGUGUAACAAGAUUGAAUAUCACCAUUCCGCAGCUGUGA